AGACGUCAACCAACAAGCAAACAAACAACACCACGAUUAAAAGAUUGGAGCCAUAACGGAAGAAAGUAAAGAAACCAUCCUACUUCAGCCCCUCACCCGUUAAAGAAAUGUAACUAUAUAUCUUAUAAUCCUAACUGAACAAUUGACGGAUUGGAAAUCAUAGUUCUAUUAUCCCUGUAUGAUGUCUUCAGUAUUAGAAUCGGAGGAUAGGCACCAGGAAUCAAACGAUAUUCGAUAUCCGGUUUCGAGUUUCCUUGUUGUCAAUAAAAACAUAUCUAUGUGCAUUAUGUGUAAUGGCAGACGUUUUUAUAUCACAGCAAAGUUGAGAGAUCUACAAGGCUCGUCAGCCCAAGAAUUCGAACAAAUUGUCGAAAAUGUCGACAAUGAUAUAGAGGCCCUCUACGAUUGGAUGGCCGAACCAUGUAUUCCGCUUUUCCAGCAUUGGCGCCGGCUCCAACAAUUUUCAAGCCUUGGAGCUUACAAGAAUAUUUCUGGCCUGCAGCGAAGUUCCGUCUUCACAGAUUAGCUGAUGUCAAUGGAAAGCCAGUAAUAGAGUUAAUGACUUUUGAUACCGGAAUAGAAGCUCAAUUCACACCAAGAAUCUCAUUCCCCCCCAAUACCUUCUAUCCUGAUAUAAAACGAAUCGCUUCAUCCCAAAUCAUUAUUAUACCAAAUCCUCUUGGAUGGAUUUCGCAUUGGCUGAUGGACUAUCGAAAGUUCACGUGGAAAAUUCGGGGGAAUACUAUUUUAAAGAAGCUUUGGAUAGAGAAAGCUUGGAAAGGGAGAUCGGAAUUCUAUUCAGGCUAAAGAAUACAGUUUUGGGGAAGGACAAUCGAAUACCACAACUCUAUGCUGUUGUCCAAGAUACUUCUGAUGGUCCUAUACUCGGUUUUCUUACACACUUCAUCAAAGGGGGAACAUUACCAGAUGCGAUGAAAAAGUUGCCAUCAGCAUCCUUGAAACAUAAGUGGAUCUUGCAACUUCAAAAAACUGCGGACGAAAUUCAUCAAGAAGGCAUCGUCUGGGGGGAUGCAAAGCCCGAUAAUAUCCUUAUCGAUCAAAAUGAUAAUCUGAUAGUGUUAGAUUUUGAUGGAGGUCGUACAGAAGGCUGGGUAGAAGCUGAAUAUAUGGAUACUAUGGUUGGGGAUCAUCUCGCGAUUGCAAAAAUCAAGGAUAUGAUUUUAGAGAAUUCGAAGUAGCAAAAAUAUAUGUAUGCACCAUUCU